AUGCGUGUGUCUACAGUGACUGGUAUUGUCUACUCCACUACGACAAUAACAGCCACCCCACCACCCUCAAUUGUGACAUCAACUAUACUCAUCACAUCCUCGAUUGAACCAACCACUACGACUACGACAGAGGUUGUGACGGUGACACCGCAAGCUCAGGCUUCUUGUGACUUCUGGGACGAGGGGUGGGGUUGGAGCUUUAAAGUUUACAACAUCGCAAAUUGGGCUUCUGAUAAAGGCUCAGCACUCCAUCAUGAGGAGAAAGGUUGCGGAGCCCUCACAGGUUGGACUUGGACGCCGGCUAGUGGAGGUUCUCUUCCAAAGGCAGCCUUCAACCUCCCAUUCUUCAUCAAGGAUGGCUGUGUCGAGAGAGCGAUUGUGUCCGCAUAUGGGUCCAAAAUCGCAUGCAGGGGCCAUGGUCUGCUCGACAGAAGAGAUGAUCAAUGUGCAGCCGAGAACGAGCAAGAAAAAGCUGAGCGCGAGCGGGCGGAAGAAGCCAGUCGCGCGGCUGUUGCUCUUCGAUCCAAAUCUAGGGAAGCCGCGGCACUGCAGAAGCGAAGCACCACAACCACAGAGGGACCGCUAACCAUCACGUCAACACCAGCGUAUACCUAUCCUUCAAUGUCGUCGACGGCUCACUCUUGUAUGCCCAUGAACUGGACAGGCACAAACAAUAUUCUGACCUUCACCUGGACUUUCACAGAGACCGAUAUCACAAUCACUUCCACGGUGCGCUCGACUAGCAAGCCAACUGGUCCGGUCACCAUUACCCGGAUAAUCACCAUUACAUCCAGUCCUUCCAGCAGUUCGACCAUCACGCGGACUUCAUCAUCCUUGUUGACUUCUCCCAAUCGGUCGAGUCAACACCCUACCAAGCUCAACGCCCAAGAGUGUUACCAUAAUCAAAUCAAGCUUGUCGAGGUCUUCGACGAGGGUAACAAGCAGUGGUUCGAGGAAGACAUAAUGCAGUUGCUUAAAGGACAAUCUUACAGCGACGAUCAAUGUAGCCAUUUCAUACCACCGGACUUCAGACGAAUGUGA